CCCACCUUCAGUUCAGAGAGGGUGAGGCAGACACGCGCACUGCGCACGUAAUAUCCAGAAAAUCUAAAAGAAUUUGUUUAUCAACCAAGCAUUUCAACAAUUGAAGACCUCAGGAUUGAGAAAAGAAAAGCAAUUGGUCCUACUGUGACGCUCUUUUCAAGAAUACUCCACAAACAUCCUCGUCAGCUGGAGCAGUCGUCGAAGCAGCUGUGCAUGACUACGAAACGUCUCGUGCGUUUGUUUCAUAAUGAAGAAAUACCAAGAACAUCGAGGAUCAGUGGUGUGAACUGAGUUGCAUCCCCCCUUUUUUUUAAAAGAACGAUGCAUUUGGAGAGUAACACUCCAGCCAAAGAGAUGGUUCAACUCAACGAAUCGCUGAUCCAAGAACGCAGACCGUCGUGUCUCGAGGAAGAUUUGGCUCUCAGCUCUUCUACACACGACACGACAAAUGAAAAAACGAUGACAGAGCUGGAGGAAAAGUCGCUAGAUGAGGAAACCGAGCCAAGCGACAGUCCAGCCAUUGAGACGACGACAACGCGCACCGAGGCAUCCGAACCCGAUCGACAAAUCGUUGAGUCGCCAACUAAGCCAAAAACGGUUGAUCCAACCGUGGUGUACGAGGACGCAAUGGACUGCAACUACGACGAGUCGUCCUCCACAACCAACAUAUCUACAACGACCACAGCACCCACAACGAUAGCGACGAACCUACAGUUGUGGACAAGCAGUAAACAAUUCAAUCUCCCGGAUCCCGAGACGAGUCCCGAAAUGUUUUGCGAGAGCGACGCCGACGACGAGGCCGAGAGCACAAACACGACCACUGCUACGUCAUAUCCAACCAACAACACGCUCGAGGAACCGGUAGGAAUAUCCCCGCCGAGUCCUGUCAAGCUGAGCCAGAAGGAGAUGGUACUUAAGGCGGACAAGUACUUACUGAAGCAAGUGAACAAGUACUUAUGCGGGGUGCCACCGCCACCCAAUCACACGAUAUCACAGAAGGACUGCGACGACUUCCUCGCGUAUAUCAAACAAAAUCGCAGCUACUUCUGGGCGGAUCCGUUUCUACUGGACAAUGGCAAGACAAACGAAAUCGACGCGUCCUUAGCCACGUCUUCUCAGCUAGAACCCUCGCAACAGGAGUACUCGCAAAACAGUCAAGUCAUUAGCAACGAGUCCAAGAGGCGGUCGCCUUUAAAGGCUGGUAUGCGGAACUUGAGCAUGGCGUUCGACGAGUGCGAAAAAUUUAGCCCAAACGAUUCCUCCGUCUUGGACACGGAUGAGUUGGAAGCGUCGAUAUGCAGGUUCGACUUGGGGAGUUCGCUGUUCAGCACGUCGCUUUUGUCCAUGUCAGCUUUUGCACCGACGCAGAGCAGUGCCAAGACCGAAGACAAAUUGUACGAUAUCGGUGACGAUAAGUGUAAGGAUUCGCCUUUCAACUUAUCGCUCUUGUCGACCUCGACGUACGCACCUACGCAAAAUACAGUAGAUAACGAGGAUAGCAAACUGGGUGAUAUUAGCGAUAGUACGGAUAACAUGCCGACCCUGUACGCGACGUGUUCGGUCGACGAAGCCAAAAGUAUGACAUGGCCUGUGGUGUACACGCACCGUUGCCAGGGAAUAUAUUACAACAGAAACAGAUCGUUGGAAGACUUCGAAAAUCUGCGGAUGAAGCUGUGCGAAAGGUACAUUGGCGCCGAGACGCAGUCGACGUGCAACGUCUGGUUUGCCAAACAGAUGCCGGGUAGUGCGAGACAACGCAGCCUUCUAGCUAAGCGUAACAACGGCCAGAGCCCUGGCAAAAGACUGAGUUACCUUGCCAAGCGGAGGCGCACGUUCUCAAGCGCCAAUCUGCAAGUUCUCAAUUUCCCGGAAAAAAAGCUCAUGCUGAACGUCAAAAAAGGACCGAUGAGGAAAGGCAAGAGCCCACGCGGAAAGAGUCCGAGGAACGGUAAAAGCCCUCGAAAAAAGACUCCGCGCAGUUCCGCGAAGAAAUGGAUGAGGCGACUGCAACUGGAGGGUCCGUCGCCGAGGAAGGCUAAGAUCGAGACGUCGAAGCGAGCACUGUUCCAAAGUCCACCGGUUGACAAAGCGGGUCCUAGUCGAGAAGUCGUUGCUACUGCGACGACCACCCAGUUCAAUGGUGCUAAUAAUCCGAGGAAAAUCAAACGAGCACUUUUCCAAAGAACUCCAAAGAAGAACGAAGCUGGAAAUAACGAUGUCGAGUCCUUGAGUUUUCCAGAACUGAAGAAGCGAAAGAGCGAAGAAGAACUUGAACGCACACGGUACAAGUGGGCGAAAAGUUUGUCUUUCGACACACCGAGAAAUUCAGAAAAUAGCGCGUCCAAUGUAAAUCCCUUGCGACACUCGACGAGUAGCGUUACAUCCAAAUAUGGAUCGUCGAACAGUGGAAAAUGUGAGCUCAGUGAAGCACAUCGAAAGAAACUUCUCUGGGCCGUCGCAGAAGCGCUGCGAAGCAAAGGUAUCGGGAUGAGCCAUCCACGGUUCAAACAGCACGCGUCUGCGUUGGCGAGAACAGUGCGAAAGUACAUGCCCGAUCUGGAGAAUAAAAACAUACCACGAAAGCCCGGCAGCACGAGUGAUCGUAUGAUUAAACUCGCCAAGCGACACGUUCUUCUCAUCAUUGAAGCGAAAAAAAUUGAAUCCACUUGUUGAGCGUUACUUUUAUUUUUAUUUUUUUUUUUUUUCCAAACGAGUGAGAUUUA